CCCAACGAGUCAAUCGGUAGACCUUUGAUACUUUACUAAGCGUCAUCGUAACGCCCAAAGCUAAAAAUAGAUACGAUGGAAAAUCCCAGUUACUAAGUAGUAAUUUUAUUUUCUUUCUUCUGAAGGUCUUUACAUUUUAUGCAAUUUAGAAACUCAUGUUUGCAUACAAAAAAGGAUAACUUACAAGGAAUAAUCUUGUUGUAAAAAAAGAAACUAUUUUUUAAAAACAAAAAUCGUUCAAUUCCACUACAUGAUGGCAGAUGGGAACGUUAGCGAUUGUGAACCUUUGCUUUCCACUUUCGACAGUUUGACUAGCACGGAUGAUAGCUUCAGUUGUAAUUCAGAGUCGCUCCAAGGAAGAAACCCGGCCCUCGCUGUACCUAAUGGGAAAACACACCACCUGUUCUUCUCUCAUAGUUCUGACGACCAGCAAUGGGUUGAGAUGUGUAUAGAGCGACUGGAACAAGACUAUGGGAUCAAAUGUCUGUGGCCUCCAAGAGAUUUCACUCCUGGGAAGCCGAUUGUUUCUCUUAUUGAAGAUGGAAUGUCACGUGCCAUGAAAAUAGUUCUGGUUUUGUCGCCAGAAUACAUCGACAGUGGCUGGUGUUCCUACGAAAGACACCUGGCGUUUGUUUUGUCUGUCCAAGAGAGACGGAACUGCAUCAUUCCAGUGAUGCUGGAAACCUGCCCCGUACCAGACGUGCUGAGAACCGUCAACUACAUCGACGUCACCAAGGGAGAGGAUGCUGUUUGCAAAAUAAAAGACGCCCUGUACCAGCAAUGUGAACUGAAAGACAUUUUACCAAAUUUCAAUUUGCAACAUUAUCGAGAAGAGGUACGUGUAAAUGGAAUGACCACUUCAAAUGAAGCCAAAAAGGAGACACCCUCUAGAUUUUCAGGAACAGCCUGGGUUAUCCCUGGUCUGUCUCUGUAUCAACGUCAACAUCUGAUAAACAUGGGAGCACAAGUAAGAAUAAUAAUUAUGUUUAUCCAACGUACGAAAACUUACAUUUCACGGAAAAGUCUUUAAAAUCGGGAUCUUUUAAAAAAUAUAUUUUUAAAAACCCCACCCACAACCCAACAUCUUUGGGUGUUCGGGAAAGUUCGUGUCAAAUGGUAUUCUCUGCGAACAGUUUCAAGAACACUGUGCUGGUCAUACAAAUCAGAUGUGUCUCCAGGGGAGGAUAAUGAGAGCUAUAGAGAAUAACUGCUUACUGUCUUACUGCUUACAGUGGUGGACAAUAGUUUCAUGCGUGGGGAGGAGAGGUUAGAAAACAAAAUUCUGCAUGAAUGCUACUUUAAUUUCUAGUCGUGCUAUAUUGACAAUACUUAUAGUGAUUGCACGAUAAAAGUUAGCAUAUUAUAGCCCCAUUGAGCCAGUGAAACUCGCUUUGGGUUGUAGCGGUUUCCCCUUCUUUCUUCAAUAUUUCGAACACAUGCUUAAAAUAUACUGAACAGCAUUGAAAAUGCACCACCAAGAAAUGUUUGGAUUUCGAAAAGAAUACCUGAGCAAUAAAUGUUUUUGUUGUGAACAGCAACAGAUGGAUGAUUGAUAAUGACAACAACCAAAAAAGGAUGCACAAUCAUUGAUUAGUUUUAAUUCAUCUACGUAUGAAAGACACAAUGAAAAGUCAAUAGCGCGUAUGACCACCAUCUGCAGCAAGACAAGCCAUGCAACGUCUUCUCAUCGACCCGAUAAGUCGGUGAAUAGUGUUCUGGGGGAUAGCAUUCCACUCCUGCUGUAGUGCGUUUUCCAGUUCUCUAAGGUUAUUCAUUUGUGUACGACGUAAGAUGCGUUGACCAAGGUAAUCCCAAAGGUUGUCUAUUGGCAAUAAAUCAGAGAACAGUGCUGGCCAUUUAAGCAAAGGGACAUUAUUGUUCGCUAGAUACUGUGUUGUAACACGUGCUGUGUGCGCUCGGGCGUUGUCUUGCUGAAAUGUGUGCAUAGCCCGAUGCUGAUGAAAGAGGGGAACCACGUGAUUUUGCAAGACGUUAUCCCGGUAGUAAAUGGCAUUCAUUCUCCCACGGCAAACAUGUAGUGCUGUUCGGUGAUGAUAACUGAUCCCACCCCACAUCAUGACACUCCCUCCAUCGUUUAUAGCCCCAAUCAGCAUGAUUUGCACAUUCAAUUUACGUUUUCCAUGCUAUGCAUGCAAUAUGUUGUGUUUUGGUGUUGUGUUUCAUGGAGUGUUCAGGAAAUCGUUUUUGUAAGUUAUUCAUCGUCAUGCAUGGUCCACAAGGUAGUACGGUACUUAUUCAUUGAUAUUUGUAAUGCUGAUAUACGCCCCAUUCACAUUUGUUAUUAUCAACUGGUGGUGCGUUUUCAAUGCUGUUCAGUAUAUUAGUCUACAUGGACGAUGAUCGAUCCUCAUCGCUGAGCCCAUUAGGCUAUUUCUAGUUCCAGCCAGUGCACCACGACUGGUCUAACAAAGGCCGUGGCACGUACUGUCUUGCCUGUGGGAUGUUGCAUAUAAAAUAUUCCCUUGCUGCUACGCGGAAAGAGUGGGGCCAGCGAGUUUUCUCUCUCUCUCUCUCUCUCUCUCUCUCUCUCUCUCUCUCUCUCUCUCUCUCUCUCUCUCUCUCUCUCUCUCUCUCUCUCUCUCUCUCUCUUUUGAACCUGUACUGGCGUGCUAUGACAGUUGCAGUCCUCCUACAGAUGGAAUGGGAACCUUACAUUGUGGUCAUGACCAACACUACUUCUACGCACAAAGCACCUGACAGUUAAAGUUUAUUUUGUUUAACGACAUCAUUAGAGCACAUUGAUUUAUUAUUCAUCGGCUAUAGGAUGUCAAACAUUUGAUACCCGCUACAUUUGUUCCCUUUAGUAGCAAGG